CCGACGGCACCGGAUGUCUCAUACGGGACACCGAUUUUUCUGCGAUUACCUGAACUGUUACUAAAUCAUAAGAAGUCUGAUAAUCACGUGUCGGGAGAGCCCUACCGGUGCGGACACAAGGAGUGCGAUUACAUGACGCCAUUGAAAGAGGAUUUAUUGCAACACAUGUCCGACAGAUACAGCCAUCGCAUGGAUGAGCCGAUAGUCGACACCAAAAGCGUAGGGUAUGUCUGCGAUUGGAUCGGCUGUCGGAAGAGUUUUACGAAUGAAUACGUUCUCAAAGGACACAAACGGAGCCACAAUUACUGUGAGGACUUCCGGUGCGAUUGGGAGGGCUGUGCGCAGGUGUUUGGAUGUGCCAGAGGUCUUCGGGCACAUACAUUGCGAGUACACGACAACACCUACCGGUGCAAUUUGGACGGGUGUCAGCACGCGACAGAGGUUGAAGAGUCGGAUGUCAGCCACGAGUCAAACGAUAAGAUAAUCGAUGAAACGGACGAAGAAUUGAGAGAAAGACCGGACUCGAGAGGAAGUCAUAAGACUUUGAAUGAAACCAUAGCUAAGAAAACACAGUUGAAUGCGAAGUGCGGGCAGUAUUCACGCGAUUACAGAGACUGCGCCAAAACGGUUGACACAAUCGGUCUUAAGACUCCUAUUGGACACCGAUUUUUCUGCGAUCACCCGAACUGUUCCAAACACUUCCGGCAGAUAUCCUAUUUAGAGGCACAUAAGACGCAUAACCGACACGUGUUGGGACAGCCCUACCGGUGCGGUCACUUGCGGUGCGAUUACAGGACGCCAUCGAAAGAGGAUUUAGUGAACCACAUGACAGACGGGUGUGUAAUGAAGAGCCCGGCGCUCGACAGUGACAGCCAAAGACAUGACUCCAGAGGAAGUGUUGAGACAUUGAAUGAGACAAUUGCUAAGAAAAAAGUGGUCAUUAAAUCAGAAGACGAUCACAACAAUGGUUCCAGUGAUGAGGAAAUGUGUGAAACAUCUCAAGACAUUCAACUAAUAGAAGAGGUGUUCGUGUGUUCACUAAAUGGCUGUGAAUUCAGUAGUCCUGCUUUCGGACUGAAGUUAGCUGUGGUUGACCAGCAUCACUCGUACAGACAUACGACACCAUUCAAGUGCACCCAAUGUGGACAGACAUUCCCCACCAAUUUUGCUCUCAAACACCACUUCCAGAGGAAUCAUAACAAAGAGUUGGUGAAAGUCCUCACCCGACGGUCCACUUGUGGCAAAUCAACUAUCAAUAAGAGUCGUCCCAAACGGCAAACCAGUGAACCGACAGUUGUGUCACAAGACGUGAACACAACUGAAAAGUCUAUUAAUAGUAAUGAAGUGAAAAUCGUGUCAAUUGUGAGCCAAAAUGAUAGCCGUUUGCAGACAUCAGAGGGACUCCAUGUUUGCGGUUAUAAUGGUUGCGGUAAAAGUUACCCAACACUGAGACAAUUAUCACAACACAAACGAAUGCAUCCUUUAGUAAACCAAAUGACAACUGACGGCAGAUAUGUUUGCGGUCACAGCGGUUGUGGUAAGAGUUUCGCUAAAUUAGUGUACUUAACAAAACACAAGUACACGCACGAGGAUAAGAUCUACCGGUGCGAUGUGGACGGGUGUUCAGCCAGGUUUUCGUCACCAAACUAUGUAACCGAUCAUAAAAUGUACAAACAUAACACUAAAUACCGGUGCGAUUGGGAGGGAUGUGAUUACAAAACUGGCAGUAAAUACAUCUUUGAUAAACACCAAUUGAUUGCGCACUCAGGGGAACGACAGUUCACGUGUCCGGCCGAGGAAUGCCUGCAAACGUUCAAAACUAAGUCCGAUGUGACUCACCAUCAGCGGCGACGACAUCCCGACUCUGUGCCGGACGUGCCGUGGAUUCAGUGCACACACACUGACUGCCAGUUUAGGACCAAAUCUAACUUGACUUUGAAGGCACACCUCAAACAACACACCAAACACUACCGGUGCGAUCAGUGCAGCAAAUGGUUCACACAUUUAUCUCAACUCAAACUCCAUGAGCCCAUACAUAACGAAGCGCUACAAUACCCGUGCGAAUGGCCCGGUUGUGAGAGACGGUUCCCGAGAAAGGGUCACUUGGCUCUACAUAUGGCCGCACAUGAGGGUGAAAAAAAGUACCGGUGCUCGUGGCCGGGCUGUAGCAAGAAAUACAAUGUUAAACAUAUGCUUAAAAGUCACGAAAUAACACAUAAAGAUCCCACGAAAUACCGGUGCCAUUGGCCGGGAUGUGGCCGACUGUUGAGCAGUAAGAAAAGUCUUACGCGACACGAGUCCGAACACACGGCUAGUCGCAGGUAUCGGUGCCAUUGGCCCGGACAGUCAUCGGUGGACAACGUGUUGAUGGAAGUGAUGGCUAUUAUGACCACAAAAAGGGUUUUGAUUUCAUCACUCAAUCCAACGAGAAGUGAUGACCAGAGGAAUGAAGAGUCGAUUGGAGACCAAGAUGUGGUCAUUAAAUCGGAAGACAAUCACAACAACGGUUCCAGUGAUGAGGAAAUGUGUGAAACAUCUCAAGACAUUCACUCAACGGAAGGGCUGUUCGUGUGUUCAGUAAAUGACUGCCAAUAUAGCUGUCAAUUGAAGGCCGGUUUCACUCAACAUCAGCUCAUCCGACAUCCCGACGCCUUUCCGGACAUAUUAUGGAUUGAAUGCUCGCAUACGGGCUGUCAGUAUAGGUGUAAAGACAAGAACAAUAUGAAUGCACACCUCAUAAGACAUGUGAAGCCAUUUGAGUGCAGCCAAUGUGGACAGACAUUCGCCCAGAACUACGGCCUUAUUUGGCACACCCGGAAGAGGCAUACACUGCCGGUUAGGGUCGGCGCCCGAGGGAUUGGUAGGACUCGUGUGACUAAAAGUCGCCACAAAUUACAGACAGUUGUGUCACAAGAUAUUCAAUUAACGGAAGGGCUGUUCGUGUGUUCACUAAAUGGCUGUCGAAACACGUUUGAAUUCAAACAACACUAUAUAAGACACCAACUGGUAGUACAUCCGGACGCCUUUCCCCACAAACCAUGGCUUGAGUGCCCGCAUACGGGGUGUGUGUUUAGGACUAAACACAACCACACUAUGAAACUGCACUCAUUCAUACAUACGAAGCCAUUCGUGUGCACCCGAUGUGGACAGACAUUCACCAGUAAUAUAGCCCUUAAGAAGCACUCCAAGAGCUGUCAUCCGAUAUCACAAACCAAUAAACAGACGGUUGGGUCACGAGAAGCCCCAACGGAAGGGUCGUUCGUGUGUUCACUAAAUGGUUGUGACUUCAGUUGUCAACGAAAACCAGAUUUAAAUCGACACCAACUGGUCGUACAUCCCGGCGCCUUUCCGGACAUACCGUGGAUUCAAUGUCCGCAUACGGGCUGCAAGUUUAGUAUUAAACACACGGGAACUAUGACUCAACACUCGUACAGACAUACCAAACCAUUUGAGUGCACCCGAUGUGGACAGACAUUCACGAGUAAGAGUGCCCUUAAGAAUCACUCCACGAGACAGAACUGUCACCCGAAAUGGCAAACCAAUGAACAGACUGUUGGGUCACAAGACGUGAACACAAAUGAAAAGUCUAUUAAUAGUAAUGAAUUGAAAAGCGAUUCAAAUGACAGUCAAAGUGUUAGUCGUUUGCAGAUAUCAGAAAGACUCCAUGUUUGCUAUUAUAACGGUUACGGUAAAAGUUUUCCCAAUAGUUGUGAAUUAAGGUCCCAUAGACCCACUCACGUGACAGUUAUCCCCAACAAAAUUAACGGUCUUUAUGUUUGCGAUUAUAUCGGUUGCGGUAAGAGUUGGCCAAUGCUGUCGAGACUAACUGAACAUAAGUACAUCCACUCUGCGAAGAGCUUCCGGUGCGAUGUGGACGGGUGUACAGCAAUGUUCUCAUCGCCUAUAUAUCUAAAAGGCCAUAAAACGCGAAGACACAGCACUAAAUACCGGUGCGAUUGGGAGGGGUGUGACUUCAAAACCGGUGAAAAAUAUCACUUAAAUAAACACCAAUUGAUUGUGCACUCAGGGGAACGUCGGUUCACGUGUCCGGUCGAGGAAUGCCGGCAAAAAUUUAAAACCAAACACGAUAUGAAUGUCCAUCAGCUGACACAACAUCCCGACUCUGUGCCGGACGUGCCGUGGAUUCAGUGCACACACACUGACUGCAAGUAUACAACCAAAUCUAAUUGGGCUUUAAAGGCACAUAUAAAACAACAUUCCAAACACUACCGGUGCGAUGAGUGCGGCAAAUGGUUCACACAUUUAUCUCAACUCAAGGGACAUGUGCCCACACAUAGCGAUGUCCUUAAUUACCGGUGCGAAUGGCCGGGUUGUGAGAAACGGUUCGCAAUAAAGGGUGCUAUGACUAAUCAUAUGAAUACUCAUACGGGUGAACACAAGUACAGGUGUUCGUGGCCGGGCUGUGGGAAGAAAUUUAGGGGCAAAACUAAGCUUAUAGAACACGAAGUGCUACACAAGGACCCCAUGAAAUACCAGUGCCAUUGGCCGGGCUUUUUGUUUUGUUUUGUUUUGUUUAUUGAAUGA